AUGGAAAUAGACACCGAGAGAGAGGCUCACUCUGAGGGUUUGAAUACGGCUGCGCAAGGACGGCCGCCGGAUGCGGGGGGAGGGCAACCACGUUCCUCCUUUCGAGAUACACUCAUGGGGGACGGCUCAAAGGCUUCACCGAAAGCCCUAGAAGAUUUUUUUGAGACAGGCAAGAUGAAAGUUUCAUACAUCAACGAUAACAGGCAACUCCCUAAGUUGCAUGUGGACAAAUCAGUGAUUGAUGGCAUGUGCUCUCCAUGGAAGGAUGCACUGGUGGUGGGUUUGCUAGGCAAGAAACUUGGAUACCGUAUCAUGAAGACUAGGUUGAGCAAUAUAUGGCAGUUAACGGGAGAGUUUGACUUGCUUGAUGUUGACAAUGGUUUUUAUAUGGUGAAGUUUGAUCGGCCUGAAGAUCGGAAGAAGGUUAUGGAUGGGGGACCGUGGAUGAUCUUUGAUCACUAUCUGGCGGUUGCGCCGUGGAGCAAAGAAUUUAUCAGCCCUGCUGCAAAGAUCACAAAAACGCUGGCUUGGGUUCGUGUGUCGGGGUUGAAUGUCACUUUCUAUGAUGAGAGUUUUCUCUUGUCGUUGGCACGAUUGUUCGGUAAUCCGGUCAGAGUAGACAUGAAUACAUUGAACGCUGAACGGGGGAAAUUCGCAAGGAUUUGUGUGGAGCUUGAUCUCACGUUGCCGGUAGUGGGGAAAUUUUGGUUUGAGGGUUUUUGGUAUAAGGUGGUUUAUGAAGGACUCCAUAUUAUUUGUCCAAAGUGUGGAUGCUACGGGCACCGGGGGAGAGAAUGUACGCAACCGCCACCGGCGCCGGUGGAGCAGCCACUACUACCUAAGGUGACUACUCCUGUGGAGCCGCCGCCAGUUGACCUAGGAGCUGAUCAGGUUCCCGUUGCCACUCAGGAAAGCGCGGAAUCUCAAGAACAAAUCAUUAAGGAGGGUGUAACGGCUGAGGAAAUCCCGGACAAAACGCCUUCACCUGUUAUUGAAGUGGACCCCGCUAUCCUUGAAGUUGCUGGUGAGUGGAUGACGGUGACACGCAAGCAUAAAAAGAAAAACCCAUCAAUCAAGGGGGGGGGGGGGGACAUGCAAAUCACCAAGAAUUCUGGAACUGCUAGGGAUGGUCAACGUGUAAAAAGUCAUGGGCAGCAAUCCAAUGGGAGUACGCGAGUGGGUCCCAUUGUGUUUGAAUCCAAGAAGAAUUCUGGACCUGUAAUGGGCAGCAUUGGUGGGCCCGACACACUUAAAGCUCCAGGUGGGAAGAAAAGGAGGAAAGGGGAGGAUUCCACGCGUCCCGGCUUCAUGCGGCCUACUGAUGAUAGUGGGCACGUUGGGAAAGCAAUCACCUGGGGACCCAGUGAACCCAUGCAAACUCAACGUGAAGAACUGGCAAAGGAUGCGGUUACAUGUGGAGCUGGUUCUCUACAUGCCCAACCAGAAAUGCUUCUAGUGAGGACUGUGGGGGGUGGUUCCCAAAUCAAGAAGCUUGGGUCAAAUUUGGAAGGGCCACUGGAACCUUCGGGACAAAAGGAAAAUUCGAACUAA